UCUCCCUCAUAGAACCUUUACCAAACCAUCUCAGACCCUUAUCAAGAAAGUUCACGUCCCUUGACCAGACCAGACCUUUUAUAAAAUGAAAAUCGCUUGCACUCUUUUGGUUGCCUUAUUGGCUCUGAACUCCGUAUUUGCUAGCCAUUGGGCUUGUUACAGCCGACGAAGCAUAAGCUUUGGCUGGACUAUUGAUGCUGUCCUUGCCGACCCGAAUGGCAUUAUUCUUGCCCAAAGUGGUUUUCACAAUGAAAAUGCCGACGUUUACACAAAGAAGAACAGUAGAGGAAGGAUGGACAUUAGAAAGGGAUUAGGAAGUUGGUCUUGUGCCACUGACGGUGUGGAUCAUGGGUCCUUCAAACCUGAUGAAAUAGUGCCACUCCCCGGCACUGCUGACAAAUCUGCUUUUGGAUGCUAUGACUUGGGUGGAACGGAUUACUGCAAGCAAUAUGACUACAUCAGAAAAAUGUGCUAUGAAUGGCUAUACCAGGUCCAAGAAGGGAAGUUGAAAGUCUAAAAUCGCCAAUCCACAUCCAUAGUAUCGGCUCAUUAUAGUUAGAGUCUAUAUGCGUCCAGUAUACAUAAAUAAAAG